CUGUUUGAAGCCAUCAAUCAAUCUCUUAUCUCAUUUCCACAGCCAGACCUUGUGCAAGCCGUACUUCUCUCGCACACUGAAGCAAAGAUGUCGGUGCUCACGCAGGCAGAGGCAAAACGCCAUCUACUUCUCUCCGCCGGCAAAACCGCCAGAACUCAGACAUACACGGACCUGCUUGGGUUUCGUAGCCUAUCGAGAUCCAGAUCGCGGUCCGGUCCUCAAGUGUAUCCUGGCAGAGUUGGAGACUUUUACAUAGCGACGAAAACGAUAGCGGAAGAAUUAUCACAGAGAUACAACUCCUGGGAAGAGUUCUACGAAGACAUCGAGGCUCAAGAGAACUUCACGCAACAAAAAAUCGAGGACCUCAUUGGGGAAUAUGGUCCAAUUAUCUGGAAUGAUGGCAGAACGGGUCCUUUUCUGACCAUGACAGAUAACGAGGAUAUUUAUCCACGUUACCUCAUCUACAACAACCAAUUCGAUCGUGUGAAGAUACGAACUUUUGUCUACUGUUUGACACUACAGCGUACGUCUCGCGAAAUUAGAACCACUGGAUCACGUUCUGGUGACGAACCUGUCAUAAAGAUGGAACCGCCAUAUGCAGCUGCUCGCAGUCCGAUGAUUGGGCAAUUCAGUGUAUUGCCACCAGACCCAGACGUUGUAUUUAUAUCGUCAAAUCCCACGACGAAUAGAUCACUGCCUUUCAGUAUAGGAGGCACGAGCUGGCCAAGUGCUGGACAAUAUCAGGUACCUGUGGCUCAGAUGGUUCCAAACAUUCAUAUGGAAGGCACCUCUUCGUCAUUUGUCAUGUCUCAGAUAGACGCAGACAGGGCCACUGUCACAGUAAAAAACGACAGCUCCACUACGGAAAAGAGCCCACAACCGAACGACAUGCUGAAUCUACGAGAGCUACACACGUCCGUAAGUCAAGCCUCUGAUACAGCCUCUGAGGACGAGGAUAUCGAUCAGCGUGGCCCUUCUCAGAAACGCAGAAGGUUCCAACGACGAGAAGAGGCUGGAACCAGUUUCCGGACAUUGCAGUCGUACAGGGUAUAGUACCUCACCGCUAAUCUAUAUUGCGUACUCUACUGCGUUGCGAAAGCCGCUGCUGGGUCCGCACGUCAAAAUCAC